AUGAGAGGGGGAACCGAACACCUGGCCGACGCAGCUGCGCGCCGCGGAUCUCACGCGCAGCUUCCUCACCGCGCAUGCGUGAACACGCACACACACAUCAAGCGCAAAUAUUACAUAGCGAGAAAACAAUAUUCCAAACGUACCGAGGAAAAGUUUACAUCGUUCCUGCAAAGUGCUGAGUCAUCGGCGCAGACGCAGUACCUCCUUUGA